AUUACAAUAAAUUUGAUCUCCUACACCUAGAAUUUCUAUCCACCAGACGUCGAAUUUCCGUCACAUCCUCGCCAUCACGACAAACUACCCAGCGAGCGCAACCGCGAGUCGCCGCCUCGCACAAUGAGGCCGUGAGAGACGCAAGACGAUCGAGCAUGUUUAUGGGCGCUUACUCGAAGAAAUAUAAAGAGCGAGAGAGAGACAAACGGCUGAUGCGACGUGACUUGUUGAGGCAAGGUCACUCUGAUCACUGCGACGCCGUGAGGCGUGCAUCUCGCGAGACGGCGCGCAGGCAAAGAAUGCUCGACGAGAAGAAGCGAAGCGACGAGGAGGCAGAAAUGAGGAGGAGAGAAGAAGUGCUCGAACAGCGCAGACAGCAGCAACGGGAGGGGAUGAACAUGAUGCGAAGUCAUCGCAAAAUGCACUCGGGAAAGAAGAACGGGGACGGGAAUUCGAAACAGCAGGAAAUCGACGUGCAAUUUUAUGGGAAAGCCGGUUUGUGUAAAUCAUUGACACACGGUGUGACGAAGCUGAACGGCGUGAGAAUAGUGCAAGGAUCAAGAGUUGAGAUGACAUCUCGUCCAUGGAAAACAAGUCACAUGGCAUUCGGUUUAGAAGGUGCAGCACGAGCAGUCAGCAACAACAAACCCACACAAGCCGAUAUACAAGUGAACAGAGACAGUUUGGAAGGCACACCAAUUUCUCCUGAUGAAGAGAUGCAUCCAAGUGUGACUAACACAAAUUCAGAUGUCAGAGAUGUUUUGUCUUAUUCAGCUGGCAAUGGACCUACUGCGGCGUUUAUGAAGUCUCAUACACGUGGACACAGAGCUGUACAGAGUAGUGACCUUGCAUUGGAAGACGUGGCAACUGAUGAUGUAUUGGAGGGCAAUGGGAGAGACGUAACUUUAUUACGAAUUAUAGGAAGAGGAGACGAACAGAAGAGAACAAGGGAUGCUGAAGUUGAUGUGUCGAUGGACAGCAUUGAAGGUGAAGUAGAUAUCAACGAAGUGAAUCGAGACGAACACUUUGAAUUAAAAAUACUUGAAAAGGAUCACAGAGAGUCACACAAAGAUCAAACAAGUGGAACAUCAGGAUAUGAAGCGGCAGUAUCUGAUUAUAGGGAUUCUAGUGUUGACUCUCAUUUUGUCUCUGCUGGAGGGCAGGCACUUAGUAACAAGCAAAUGUCGUCUCUGUGGAGGCAGACACCGCGCGGAAAACCUUUACAUUGUGCUAGUGAAUCACAGUCAAGUAACGUAAACGAGAGAGCUGCUGAUGCAUUGAGAACUUGUGAGCAUGAGCAACCAAGGGAAGGAAACACACAUGUAACUAGUGUGUCAUCUUUGUCAGUAAAUGAUAGUCUAGAUAAUACGAUACAACAGGAAUCUAAGUCUCACGUAACUACGUCUCUAGAGAGCAGGAAAUUUGUAAUGAGUAAUGAGGACUUAGUGUCUAAUCAAUCAGUCAGUGGUGGAGGAAGUGAGGAGAGAAGGAUGAAGUCACAAUACAAUGAGAUGAGCAUGAAACGACGGACAGCUGUUGAUGGUUUGGAGAGAAAUCAAGGGAAACAUGGACAUCUCUUCAUGUCAUCGGUCGUGAUGAAUACUCCCGCGUCUUCAACCGUUCAGGCAGCUUUGAGUCAAUAUCUAGCCAGUCAAUCGUCAGAGACGAUAAACCACGUUACUAGCAUCUCAAGUAGAAACUCGAGUUUGUUAACCAGUGAUGCACAUUCUGCUCACGCACGUACAGCUCACGCAUGUACACAAGACGUGAAAAUCGACACAUUGAAUGUACAGCCAUCUGUUGCUAUAGCAACCAAGCCUGUUGACAACGUGGAGAAAAGAGUUGCCGGAUAUAGACUUCGCGAGGUGGCGUCCGAACAGAAGCUGACAGGAAUACUGAAGAAGUCGAGCAGCAACAGACCAAGUUCUGCAUCUCGUGCGGAUAUGUUGCGGUCAUCAUCGUGUGACAAAGCUGCUGCUGCAGAUAUAAUGAAGAAAACCGUACGAUUUGCAGACGUUCAACAGCAAGUGAAAGCGUCAUCACCUCUGGAUGAUUACCCACACGGUUCGUCUGUUAGAUUUCGAAGGAAACGUGCUGCCAGUGCGCCUGCUAACUCACGAACAGCAAGACAACAAGACACAGAGCGUGUGGUUGUACAGCACGAGGCUCUAUCUGUCGUUAGCGUAGCAAGAAAAGCGUCACAGAAUCGACAGAACGCAAGAGGAUACAGCAGAACAACGAAUGGACACACAACAACGAGAAGAGUUUGGGAACCGAAAGUUGUGAUUAAGAGUGAAUCAUCUGGGUCUGGUGACGAUGUAGUUCAGGAAGAAAGUCGAGUGGAUGACGAGGAACGUAGAGAUGAGGAUAAAAUCGGACAAGAGCAGGUGGAUGUUGAUCAGUUGGACGUCGAUGUGGGGGCAAGUAUUGCAUUAGAUAAGACACCAACUGAUGACGAGAUCAACCAGUUGUGGAACACAGUGAGAGCACGACUGCAGCACGAAUCGAGUUAUGACACACUCAAAGGAUUGAUCUCGUCCACGUCCAGAUCGACUGGUGAGACAGCGAGAUCUACGAACAUGCCAGCGACGUCUGAUGGUAGCGACACAGCCGAACAUCAGUCAACUAAACAGACAACUAAUGUUUACGUGCGCAAUCGCUCGCAACUGACGAACAGACCAACGAUGGCUGCUCGUGUCUUCACAGUUAGGGAUCCUCCUCAAGACUCCAUAAAGCCGGUACAUGCAGCGAUGCCCCAAACACAGACUCCGGUUACUACCAGUCAGUCGGCGUCUCAUUUGCCAUUGGAGUGUGGGUUUGUGGAGACGUCUCUGUAUUCCGAUUCUCGUCAAACUGUAAUGAGUCGGCAGCCUGUGUAUGUGAGACAUUAUCAACAACAGGCGGAGAUGGCAUUAGCGAGGGGUUUGAUGCGGAUGCUUCCCACUGCUGGUAGGAGUAAUGGGUUGCCAGGUAAUGUGAAAGAAGGUCAUACGGGCUAUAGUGGCGGUGACAGGGUGAUGGCGAGAAAUGGACAAAGUCAGGCAAUGUCUAAUGGAAAGAAACCAAUGAGCACGUUAUCUAUUGAGGAAAUGCAGGUUUUACGAUCACUGGAAAGGCUUAACAGCAAACUCGACGAGAAGAAAGCUGUCAUGCAGAGUGCACACAAUGCAGUCGGUGGUGCCACCUUCACGGUCAAGACUAUACAACCACAACAGAGACAGAACACGUCGACCACAACUGGAGCUUCCUACAGAACGACUGCCCGCACUAGAUCGUUAUCAGACAUGCCGAAGACUCGAGUGAGACGUAACCCACAAGCGGUCGCCGCCGCAGCAAUCGCCGCUGCUCAAUCGCGUAACUCAAGGACGCAACCUCAUGUACCUGUUCAUAGACAAGCAUACUAUAACAUGUAG